AUGGAAGAAGUCUCGAUCGGCGGCAGGAGAUAUUUGCUGCUGAUUGUUGACGAAGCCAGCGGGUGCAUGAAGGGCUUCUGCUUACGUGCCAAGUCGGAGAUCGAAGACUGCGUCAAGAGCUACAUUCUCAAGAUCGAGACCCAGUUCGGCAAGAAGGUCAAGUUCGUUCGUCACGAUGGAGCUCCGGCCAUGACGGCCAUCUACAUCAAGAACCGUCUGCCAUCGCCCAAGAUUCUCCACAAAACGCCGUUCGAGAUCGUGUGUGGCUCAAAGCCAAGCGUCAAGCACAUGCGUAUUUUCGGGUGUCAAGCAUACAUCUUGACUCCGAGGGAGAAACGACUCAAGUGGGAUCCCAAGGCUCGUGUCGGCAUCUUCAUGGGCUACGAAGAAGUGUCCAAGGCAUAUCGCGUGUUUGACAUCGAGGCUGGACAAGUUGUGAUCAGCCGUGAUGUCAACUUCGACGAGUCAUCUUUCGGGUUUUCGAUGGAGCCAUCAAGUGAAGAAGUCGGUGAUGCAACGUUGGACCUCGAUCUUCUCGACAUCAACGACAGCGAUGUUAUUGAGGGUUACCGGUACAAUCCGAACUUAAGCGUAGUUUUUACGGGAUAG